AUGAUGGCUUCAGGGUUUAUACGUAAACAACUUGGAGUGAUACUACCAAGAAGAACAUUUUACCAAUCGUUUAUAAAAUUUAAUUCCAUACCCGAAUCUCAACUACAAGCACAACCACAACAAACCAAACCUAGACUAAUUUUCGAUGAACAAACUAGAUCUCCAAGAACAAAUAGAAAACCAAAACAAAAUCCAUUUCAGAUUACAGAAAAUUUAACACUUCCUGAAUUAAAAAAAACUAGAAUUGUACCUGAAUUAGAAACUUUUUAUGGUGGAUCACCAAUUCAUGAAUCAAAUUUAAAUAAAGUAACUCAAUUAUAUCAAAGGUUUAAACAUUUACCAACUAGAAUAUUGACACCUCAAGAGAUUGAAUCAAACAAAUUUAUAACUUUUGAAGAAUAUAAGAAAAGAACUUUGAGUGGUACAAGGGUCAGAAGUGUUCAAUUUAAAGAAUUAAUUGACAUGUUGGCAAGAUUAAGAAAUAUUGAAUUUGAGUUAUUACCCAAAGAAGUAAUUGACGUAUUGAAUGAGUUUAAAGAUCCAAAUAUAAGUAAAAACUCCCAAUUGAAAAAUUUUAAAACUUUGGACAGUUUCGGUAGAGCCAAGGCUAUUGCAAAAAGAAAAAAUUCAAGAGCUAUUGUUCAUCUAGUUAAAGGUGAUGGUAAAAUUUUAGUAAAUGGUAUCAAUGCAAUUGAAUACUUUCCAAAUGUGUAUAAUAGACAAUCUUUAACUUAUCCGUUUAAAGUUGUGGAUCAAGAAAAUCAAUAUAAUAUAUUUGUAAAAGUUUCUGGGGGUGGUAUGACUGGUCAAAGUGAAGCUGCAAUGUAUGCGGUAGCUAAAGCAUUAGUUAUAUUUAAUCCAUUAUUAAAAUCAAGAUUAAGAAAAGCUGGAUUAAUGACUGUUGAUAGAAGAAGAGCAGAACGUAAGAAACCAGGUAAAAUGAAAGCAAGAAAAUCACCAACUUGGGUUAAGAGAUAA